GGCCGCGCCAGCGCACGAGCCCGAAUUGAAUACUUUGAGAGUUGGCCUGUGUUUCGACGCCGUCGAGCCGUGAAACGGCAAAGUGUUGGUUCGCGUUUGCACGCUCGCUCACUAUGGAUGUGGAGAACUCAACGAAUGGCGACCAUUCCAGUCCGGGCACUAACGCCGAUUCGAACCAUGUGAACGGCUUGAACGGUUACUCGGACAAGCACAAGAGCCACAAGUCCGAUCAUAAGGACAAGCAUCGCGACAAGGACCGCGAUCGUGAUCGUAAAAAGGAUCACAAAUCGUCCAGCAAGGAUAAAGACCGGCACCACUCCAGCUCCAAAGACAAAGACAAAGACCGGCACAGCUCCUCGCACAAGUCGUCCAGCAAAGACAAAGACCGACACCGCGAUAAGGACAAGGAGAAAGAUAGGCAUAGGGACGAAAAGAAGUCGUCGUCGUCGUCCUCGUCCAAAGAUAAGGAUCGCGAACAUAAGAGCUCGCAUGAUAAGGAGCACAAGUCCAGCUCCAGAGACAAGGAUAAAGAGAGGAAAGACAAGGAAAAGGACAAGCAUCGUAGCGACAGGCAUAGCAGCUCCAAGGACAAGCAUAGGGACAAGGACAAGGAUAGACAUUCCAGCUCCAAGGAUAAAGACAGGAAAGAGAAGAAAGACAAGCAUCGAGAGGAACGCAAAGAGAAGGAACGCGUCGAAGUGAAAGUUGAACAGGAUUUCGAGUCGUCGAAAGAAGAUUCCGUCGACGACGAGGAGCGUCUGGUCAUCAAGGAGGAGCCGCUGUCGCAGGACGAAUAUGACGGCGAUGAUCGGCCGGCGAACGUGUCCCAGGCGAGCAGUUGCGAUUACAGCAUGUCGCAGUUCGCCAAGGACGAGCCCAAGUUCGAACAGGAAGAUAGUCAGGAAGAGGAGGCGCGCUCCGAGGAGGAUGAAGACGAUUGGAAGCCCAAAGUCGAAGUGGAGAGCGAGGAAGACGUUCCGUUGUCGAGUCGACUGAGCGAAACCAACUCCUCAAAACGAAAAUAUGAGGAGGACAGCGAAGAAGACAUUCCACUGAGCGCUCGGAAAAAACUGAAGAAAGAGAAGAAGGAAAGUAAAAAGAAAAAGAAGCGUGCGGCUAGUGAUGAUGAGGACGAGGAGGAGGACUACAAACCAAUCAAGAAGGAGAAAAAAGUCAAGAAAGAACCAAAGGCAACAAAAGUGAAACAAGAAACUACUGAUGAAAGUCCAAAGAAGGGUAGGAAAAAGAAGGAGGAGGAACCACAGGAAGUCUGGAAGUGGUGGGAAGAAGAGAAAAAAGAAGACGGAGUGAAGUGGAACUUCCUGGAACAUAAAGGUCCGGUCUUCGCACCGCCAUACGAAAGACUGCCCGAAAAAGUCAAGUUCUACUAUGACGGUAAGGAAAUGCGCUUGUCGCAAGACGCGGAAGAAGUUGCCGGCUUUUAUGCCAAAAUGUUGGACCAUGACUACACUACGAAAGAAACGUUCAACAAGAACUUCUUCAAGGAUUGGAGGAAAUGCAUGACGGAGAAAGAGAGGUCGAUUAUAACGGAGUUGAAGAAGUGCAACUUCAAACCAAUGCACGCGUACUUCCUUGACAUUGCUGAGCAAAACCGUAACAGAACGAAGGAGGAGAAGGCUGCGCUUAAAGAGAAAAAUGAGGCACUGCUCAAAGAAUACGGCUUCUGCAUGCUGGACGGACACAAAGAAAAAAUAGGUAAUUUCAAGAUUGAACCGCCAGGUUUGUUCAGAGGUCGCGGUGAACAUCCCAAGAUGGGCAUGCUGAAGAGGCGCGUCGAAGCCGAAGAUAUCAUUAUCAAUUGCAGUAAAAACUCCAACAUUCCAAAGCCGCCGGAAGGCCACAAAUGGAAGGAAGUCCGUCACGAUCCUACGGUGACGUGGUUGGCGUCGUGGACGGAAAACGUUCAAAAUCAGGUUAAAUACAUCAUGUUGAAUCCCAGUUCUAAGCUGAAAGGUGAAAAGGACAUGCAGAAGUACGAGACCGCUAGAAAGUUGCAUAAGUGUAUCGACAAAAUCCGAAAGGAAUACCGAGAAGAUUGGAAGUCGAAAGAAAUGAGGAUAAGACAACGCGCCGUCGCUUUGUAUUUCAUCGACAAAUUGGCGUUGAGAGCGGGUAACGAGAAGGACGAGGAUCAGGCCGACACGGUCGGUUGCUGUUCUCUUAGAGUGGAACACAUCGAACUGCACGAGAGAAAAGACGAUAAAGAAUACGUCGUCGUGUUCGAUUUUCUCGGUAAAGAUUCAAUCAGAUAUUACAAUGAGGUGCCAGUGGAAAAAAGAGUGUUCAAGAAUCUCCAAUUGUUCAUAGAAAAUAAAUCUCCAGGCGACGACUUGUUCGACAGGCUGAACACAAGCAUAAUGAACAAACAUCUAAACGACCUAAUGGAAGGCCUCACUGCCAAAGUGUUCCGUACAUACAACGCUUCGUGGACACUCCAGCAGCAACUCGACGAGCUCACCAACCCUGAUGACACCGUGGCGGAAAAGAUUUUAUCUUACAACAGGGCCAAUCGUGCGGUGGCCAUUCUGUGUAACCAUCAAAGGGCUGUGCCCAAGGGGCACGAAAAGUCGAUGGAGAAGUUGAAGGAAAAAAUCGACGCGAAAAAAGAGAGCAUUCGAGAUGCGGAAAGGCAAGUGAAAGACGCGCAGAGGGAUGCUAAGAACGGUAGCGUAAAAGAGAAAACCGUUUACGAGAAAAAGAAGAAAAUGCUUCAAAGACUCAAAGAUCAGUUAGCCAAAUUGGAGAUUCAGGAGACUGAUCGUGACGAAAACAAAACUAUUGCUUUGGGCACCUCAAAGCUGAAUUAUUUGGAUCCGAGAAUCAGUGUCGCUUGGUGUAAGAAGUAUGACGUUCCAAUUGAAAAAAUUUAUAAUAAGACCCAAAGAGACAAGUUCAGAUGGGCUAUUGAUAUGGCCGGACCGGAUUAUCGAUUCUAAUUGCUUGGACUUGAUUGUUUAUUUUAUUGAAUUGACGUGUUUAGUGAUUUUUCUUCCAGUUGAAGAUUUUUAAUUUCCAAAAGAUCAAUUAGAACUUUUUCAUAUAAAUUAUUAUUUCAGUGUUUAGGAACAAUUAUGUAAUUAUGCCUAUGUCCAUUGAACGUUUGUCUUAUUUUUUUUUAUUAAUGAUGUUUCGUGCAAUGACUGAGAAAAUCAUUAGACAUAGGUAAAAUUGAUUGGGAUGUUGCAUAAUAUUAAUUUGAAAAUGCAAAGACAACAAUCCUGUACAUUAAAAAUGUUAGGAAUUACUGAUAUGUAAUAUCUUAAAUAAAGUUGUAUCAUUUACAUUAUAAUUUUAUUAGUUACAUAUUUAUAUAUAUAUAUCAUUAAUUUCCUAUAAUUGUGUAAAUUAUUUUUACACCAUUGUCAUUGUCUGAGGUUUUUAGUUACAGGUUUUAAUGUAAUUUUUGACCAAUCAAAUACCAUUUUAGUUACAAUUGUGUGUCUGUUUUACCAAACAGAUUUAUAAUUAAUUGUAGUGGUCUGUAUAUUACAGAUUUGAUAUAAUAAAAUGAAUAUGCAAAUAA